GGCACCAGCGACCGGUCCUGCCAGCUCCUGCCAGCUCCUGCCCAGGAACCAGCACGUCAAGGGAACUGCGGUGACUCCAGCCAUGGUCUCCAGGCGCCCUGCCAGCCUAGAGGUCACUGUAGCCUGGUGCUGGCUCCUUACCGUUAUUCUAGGCUUCUGCACUUCCUUCAACGUUGAUGUGAAAAAUUCAAUGAGUUUCAGUGGCCCAGUGGAGGACAUGUUUGGAUACACCGUUCAACAAUACGAAAAUGAAGAAGGAAAAUGGGUUCUUAUUGGUUCUCCUCUAGUUGGUCAACCCAAAGCAAGAACCGGAGAUGUCUAUAAGUGCCCCGUUGGGAGAGAAAGGUCAAUGCCUUGUGUGAAGUUGGACUUACCAGUGAACACAUCAAUUCCCAACGUCACAGAAAUAAAAGAAAAUAUGACAUUCGGAUCAACUUUAGUCACCAACCCAAACGGAGGAUUUCUGGCAUGUGGGCCUUUGUACGCCUACAGAUGUGGACAUCUGCAUUAUACAACUGGAAUCUGUUCUGACGUCAGCCCUACAUUUCAAGUUGUGAACUCCUUUGCACCUGUGCAAGAAUGCAGCACUCAGCUGGACAUAGUCAUUGUUCUAGACGGCUCCAACAGCAUCUACCCCUGGGAGAGUGUGACCGCUUUCUUAAAUGACCUUCUUAAGAGGAUGGAUAUUGGCCCUAAACAGACACAGGUUGGAAUUGUGCAGUAUGGAGAAAGCGUAACCCACGAGUUCAACCUCAAUAAGUACUCAUCGACAGAAGAGGUACUUGUUGCAGCAAACAAAAUAGGCCGGAGAGGUGGCCUCCAAACGAUGACAGCCCUUGGGAUUGACACAGCCAGGAAAGAGGCAUUCACUGAAGCUCGGGGUGCCAGGAGGGGCGUUAAAAAGGUCAUGGUCAUAGUGACCGAUGGAGAAUCCCAUGACAACUACCGACUGAAGCAGGUCAUCCAGGACUGCGAGGAUGAGAACAUUCAGCGAUUUUCCAUAGCUAUCCUUGGCCACUAUAACCGAGGGAACUUAAGCACUGAGAAAUUUGUGGAAGAAAUAAAAUCUAUCGCAAGCGAGCCCACUGAAAAGCACUUCUUCAAUGUCUCAGAUGAGUUGGCCCUGGUCACCAUUGUCAAAGCUCUGGGAGAAAGGAUAUUUGCCUUGGAAGCUACAGCUGACCAGUCAGCAGCUUCAUUCGAGAUGGAGAUGUCUCAGACUGGCUUCAGUGCUCACUAUUCACAGGACUGGGUCAUGCUUGGAGCAGUGGGAGCCUAUGACUGGAAUGGAACGGUAGUCAUGCAGAAGGCUAACCAGAUUGUCAUCCCUCAGAACACCACCUUUCAAACUGAGCCCACCAAAAUGAACGAACCUCUUGCUUCUUAUUUAGGUUACACAGUGAACUCUGCCACGCUCCCUGGAGACGUGCUCUAUAUCGCUGGACAGCCUCGGUACAAUCACACGGGCCAGGUCGUCAUCUACAAGAUGGAGGAUGGGAAUGUCAAAAUUCUCCAGACACUCAAGGGAGAGCAGAUCGGCUCCUACUUUGGUAGCGUCUUGACAACGAUUGACGUUGACAAAGAUUCUUAUACUGACCUGCUUCUCGUCGGGGCUCCCAUGUACAUGGGGACAGAGAAAGAGGAACAGGGCAAAGUGUAUGUCUACGCUGUGAACCAGACAAGGUUUGAAUAUCAAAUGAGCCUGGAACCAAUUAAGCAGACGUGCUGUUCAUCUCUGAAGGAUAAUUCAUGCACAAAAGAAAACAAGAACGAGCCCUGCGGGGCCCGGUUUGGAACAGCAAUUGCUGCUGUAAAAGACCUCAAUGUGGAUGGGUUUAAUGACGUGGUGAUCGGGGCUCCUCUGGAGGACGACCACGCAGGAGCUGUGUACAUCUAUCAUGGCAGUGACAAGACCAUAAGGAAGGACUAUGCCCAACGUAUUCCAUCAGGUGGGGAUGGCAAGACCCUGAAAUUUUUUGGCCAGUCUAUCCAUGGAGAGAUGGAUUUAAAUGGUGAUGGUCUGACUGAUGUGACCAUCGGAGGCCUCGGUGGAGCUGCCCUCUUCUGGGCCAGGGAUGUGGCUGUAGUUAAAGUGACCAUGAGUUUUGAACCCAACAAAGUGAAUAUUCAAAAGAAAAACUGCCGCGUGGAAGGAAAAGAAACAGUAUGCAUAAACGCUACAAUAUGUUUCUAUGCGAAAUUAAAGUCUAAAGAAGACUCAGAUUACGAAGCUGAUUUGCAGUACCGCGUCACCCUCGACUCACUGAGACAGAUAUCCCGGAGUUUUUUCUCUGGAACUCAGGAAAGAAAGAUUCAAAGAAAUAUCACGGUUCGAGAAUCAGAAUGCACUAGGCACUCCUUCUACAUGUUGGAUAAGCAUGACUUCCAGGACUCUGUGAGAGUGACUUUGGAUUUUAAUCUCACCGACCCAGAAAACGGGCCCGUGCUGGAUGAUGCUCUGCCAAACUCAGUCCACGAACACAUUCCCUUUGCCAAAGACUGUGGAAACAAGGAAAAAUGCAUCUCAGACCUCAGCCUGGACGUGUCCACCACAGAAGCCAGCCUGCUGAUUGUCAGGUCCCAGAAUGACAAGUUCAAUCUCAGUCUCACGGUGAGGAACAAAAGAGACAGCGCCUACAACACCAGGACAAUAGUGCGGCAUUCCCCGAAUCUGAUUUUUUCAGGAAUUGAGGGGAUCCAAAAGGAUAGUUGUGAGUCCAAUCGAAAUAUCACGUGCAGAGUGGGCUAUCCUUUCCUGAGGACAGGAGAAACGGUAACCUUCAAAAUAAUAUUCCAGUUUAAUACAUCACAUCUCACAGAAAAUGCAGUCAUUCAUUUAAGUGCAACAAGUGACAGCGAAGAACCACCCGAAUCUCUUUAUGAUAAUGAAGUAAAUAUUUCCAUCCCAGUAAAAUAUGAAGUCGGACUACAGUUUCACAGUUCUGCGAGUGAACACCACAUCUCGAUUGCGGCCAAUGAGACGCUCCCUGAGCUUAUUAAUUCCACUGGUGACAUUGGAAAUGAAAUUAAUGUCUUCUACACGAUCAGAAAAAGGGGCCAUUUCCCAAUGCCGGAACUUCAGCUGUCAAUCUCAUUCCCCAACUUGACAUCAGAUGGUUAUCCUGUACUGUACCCGACUGGAUGGUCGUCUUCAGAUAAUGUGAACUGCAAACCCCGGAGCCUUGAGGAUCCUUUUGGUAUCAACUCUGGGAAGAAAAUGGCAAUAUCAAAGUCCGAAGAUCUCAAAAGAGGCACAAUCCAGGACUGCAGCACCUGUAAGCUGGCCACCGUCACUUGCCAUCUGAUCCCUUCUGAUGUGAGUCAAGUGAAUGUAUCAUUCAUCCUGUGGAAACCAACGUUCAUAAAAACACAUUUUUCCAGCUUAAAUCUCACUGUAAAGGGAGAACUUCAGAGUCAAAACACAUCGCUGGUUUUAAGCAGCAGCAACCAGAAGCGAGAGCUGGCUAUUCAAAUAUCCAAAGAUGGACUUCCGGGCCAAGUGCCGCUGUGGGUCAUCCUCCUGAGCGCCUUCGCUGGACUACUGCUCUUGAUGCUGCUCAUAUUAGCACUGUGGAAGAUCGGAUUCUUCAAAAGGCCGCUAAAGAAGAAAAUGGAGAAAUGAAAUAUUUUACAGGAGAAAAAAAGAGGACAGUAACGAUUAUUCAAUGAUCUAUUCUCAGGUUUGCCUCAAUCAUGUGAGAAGAAAUUCCGAAAUACAACCAAAGACAUGGUCACAUGACUAUAUGUCAUUCAUCAUCCAGCUGCUGGGAUUACUCCCUUGGGAAAGUGACAGAUCGAGUAUGAUCCAAAAAAGGGUACCCAAAGAUACGGUUUAGAAAGUGAUGCGAAAUACUUUCAAUAAUUGCUCAUUUUUGUUGAGUAAGUGAAAUGACAAAGGGUUUUAAAGAAGAAUCCCCAGUCCACGUAUGUUCAUGUGUUUAGAUGCCACGGGGAGCAUUCAAGGGAUGCAUGAAAAUAGCUUUGUGUUCACCGAAACAGUGACUCUCAGCGUGAUGUAAACUAAGCUCCUCUUGAUGACACCUUCAGCGGGGCUCUCGGCGUUUGUAAAUACCAGCAAAGGCAUGGAGUGGGAAAAUCGCCCCGUUCUAAUGAGAAAAACUGCCCAGCAGAGCCCAUAUCCAAUAUGGACUGAAAAUAGGAUGAAACCACAGUGACUCCUUGGGUUCUGUAGUUGGAAACAGUGUUUUCCAAUGUGCUUAGAGCACAGUGCAAUUGAGUUUAAAUUCUAUGUCGAAUAGAGAGAGUCAUUUAAAAACAAGUGCACUGAGUCUUUUCAUUUAAACUUUUACAAAAAGUAAAAGUGCUUAAUUUAUAUCGAGCUCUAGAACACAAACCUCUUUUACAGGAAAAAAAAAGCAAACAGACACUUAAAACAGUUUGGGUAGCAUAACAGUGAUUAGUUAUGAAAAAACAUAACUAAUGUAUGUGUGAUGCCCAGAGGCUUAAUGAACCAUAAGAACAAGGAUAGAAAACCCAAAAGGACUAAAGUCACCUUUGCUGAGCAGUUGUUUAAUGCUGGGGCUUCCAGAUGUUACACUAAAGUAGGAGACUCCUCAAUGCUUUGGUAUAAGGUUCUUUUAAAACCCCAAAAUAUGAGUGUUUGUUUUUGAAUUUUCCAAAUAUGUUUCAUGUUACUAUUGACAAAGUAGUCUCCGGAGCUAGUUUUAGAUUUACCAAGAACACACUGAUUUCAAGCAAGGCAUCUCAGAAUUUAGAAAGAAACCAAGAAAUGUAGUUUAAAGAAUCUAUACUUUGAAAACUUAACCCAACAGAAAGAUACAACUCAGCUGUGUGUACUUCUGUGUGACUGAAAUAAUCCCUACGGGCCUUGAACUCUGCUGUAAUUAAGUCCCAGAUGCUCCAUUUCUAAGAUAAAUAACAAUGAAUGAAUGUAUAGUAUCUUCAUGUGUGAACUACUGCUGUAACAUUUGCUGAUCCUACCGCCCCAAAGCCAUGUCUCUGCUUGAUUGAAUACCAUAAGAACCAGAACCUGUCAAUACUCCAAAAGAGCUAGACUCUACUGUCCUCAAAACACAAAAAGCCAACAGAGAAAUUAAGUGUUUGGGGUUGGAUUAUUAAAAAAUGUAUUUCUGAGGAAUUAUCUUAGGGCCAGGUUCAGCCUACCUUUCAGCUUUCCAGUCCUAUGUAUAAGAUCCUAAGGCAUAGGAGAUGGACAUGAGGUUGCCACAGUCAUCCUUGGCUGGAAAAAGGUGGACAGGAAACGAGAAGAAAGAAGGCGUGUUCUCCAUUCUUACUGUCUCUCGCCGGCUGCAGAAGUAAUGGCUUCCUCCUGCUCUUCUUCCCCCACCAGAACUCAGGUGUUUCUUGCUCAGUUACCAUGCUGCCCAACUCCAGCACACUCCCGCUCAGCAGCCCUACUCCUAACUCCAUGUCUUUGGAAAUAAAAUUCAAUCGAUACAUUUGGAUUCAUAUUUGACAUCAGGGACUACCAGGGACUGAACUUUGCACACUGAGCUCUACGUGUGCAUAUUUAAACUAAGAAUGUUGCUAAGCCAAAAGGACAAAACAGAAAUGAGGUCAUUUUGAACUUUUAAGGAGAGUAACAGCAGUCUGGCCAGAUAAAAAGGUGCCAAUACCACUUGACGACCAGUUUUUAACCUACAUUAUUCCUGGUUAGUAGUAAAUAUUUAAGGAACCAGAUAUCUCUUCUCUACUAUCAUAACUGAGUCUCUGUGUGUAAUCAUUUGCAUACACAUACAUAUACCAUUUAAACACAGAGCAACUGAAGAAUAACAAAUGACAGAACUUACUAAGAUAGGAAAAGAAUAAGCACACAAAAGCAACACCAGGGAUGGAAGUUUGUUUUGGUUUUUUUUUUUUUUUUGGCUUCUCAUAAGUCUUCACUUUCAUUAAUAUUUAAGUUUUUAAGAUUAUUCAGUAUUUUGUAAGUUAAAAACUAUGAAUGCAGAGGCUUUGAGUUUUAAAAAGAUAAUAGAUGCCCAAAAUUAGCUUUAUAGACAUAUUCUAGAACAUAUAAAUAAGAAAUUAAUAAAUUAUGUAACAUUAUUUAAGACAAUAAAAUUGGGCAAUACUUAGGACUAUUUAUGAACUUACAGAUUAAAAUAAAUCACCAAAUAUCUUGUAUCUUUGAUGUCUAGAGAUGCAGAUCAAUGUUCACCAUCUAUACACACACCUAAGCACACUCUCUAACCAAACUUCAAGUUAUGCUAAAAAAUUUGGUUGUAUCAAUCCAAGAACUUAGAAUGCUAUAGAUUAUUUAUCCUUUAAUUUUAAAUGUCUAGGAUUAAUCAUCCUUAAAAUGAAUAAAGCGAUAUGAACGUGCAGGAGGAAGGAGUUGAAAGCAAGAAAAUACAGAGGGUAGCCUGCACGCCACUAAAAAACAAGAGCCACUCAGGAGUCACAGAGAAACCUUCUCAAGACACUCCAAAAAGAAAAAGGCAAAGUGAGAAGUCUUUAGCAAUCAUUUCUAGCUUUUGUUAUCCAAUUCAAACAUCAGCAAUGCAAUUUUUUAAACUAUUUUUCUCUGAGCACUAGGAUCCUUGACAACUUAGACCCCAAGUACUUUCUGUGGCAUAUGUAUACUUGAAGAAAAAGCUUGUAGAAAGAGAGACUUUUAUAAAAUUUGUUUAGGCAGCCAGAAUGAUUUUUAUCUAUAAAUAUAGAUAUAUGAAUAUAUAAGUAAUGUGCAUAUAUUUUUCAUAGAAAGCCUUCUAUUUUCUUGUAUAAACAGGUUUAAGCUCAAUUGGGAAGCAGAAAUCUUUGUAUAAAAUAACUUGUGAUAGAGUAUCACUGUAUUACAAUGUGCUCAUAGUGUUUUCAUUGAACACACCAUCAAGUCCAUAUGAACUCCUAUCCUACUCUGCACGAUGCUGAGCAAAAUAGAGGAGGACCUAGGGCCAGAGCCCAUCGCAUGUACCAGUGCCAGAAUCUACCUUGUGUACCAGGUGUAGUUUGUUGUCCAAAGAAAGUGACUUCGGGCAAAUAAUUGUUCAAAAUAGCAUUUUGUGCCCUCUUCAUUGGUUCUUAAAACCCCUCAAGCAUCCUUCUCCCCAUCACACGUCUCCUCAAAUGGUUUUCAGGAAGAUUGCUUUAGUAGCUUGUUACUAAGACGUGUGCUCCUUUUACAGUGAAUGCCAGCUUCAGUGAACAGAUCAUUCACUCCGGUUUUCCAACCCAGAUUCCUUAAUGGCACUCCAACGGGUUGGCAUGGCACCCCACAGUACUUGUACUUCAGAGAUGCAGCAUCCUUCCUUGAGAAGUUUACAACCAUAUGGGCCACUGUCCUAUGAGAUUCUACGGGAGAAACCGGAGAGAUUGAAGCCUUCAGCAACUGGGUAUUUUCCUUAUCCUCACCCAAGAGACAGUUCUAAAAGCUGAAAGAAGGCUUCGUCCUCAAGAUGCUGUUGUUUAGAAAUUGCAAUAUGCAAAUUAAUUGAACAUAAGGGACUUUAAAUGCAGAUGACACUUCAAAAUGCAUAGCCUGGGCUUUUGCUUCCAACUGGACAGUGGUCCCCAAGCUCUAGCUACCCACAAUCUAAAAACCACCUCCGUCCUUUAAGUUUGCUGAAUGGAAAGACAAAGCACAUUGCAAAAGGCCACAGUCAAGGCUGGGUGUGGCCCCAUGGUUGAGUGCACGGAGCUCAGGCAAGGCCCUGGGUCUGAAUUCUAACACCACAUGAGGGGAACGGGUAUUAUCAUUCCACCAUUUCUCAAAUGGAAGUACUGUAGUAUACUACUAAAAAUUACAUAAUUUUAGAAAAGAAUUUAAAAAGCAAUAGCAUUAAACUAUAGAAUUAAUUAAAUUCCAGCAUUAAUCUUAUGAACUAUUCAGUGUCUUUUAUCCUCAUUAUUAAAAUUUUACCUCGAAUUUAGAAAUUCGGAGUAAGACAUUUAGCCAUCACCAGUAAGGAGAAAGCAGAGAAGCAUGUGGAGGCAGGCAAGUCCCAGCCCUAUGAAAACACCUGGCCCAGGGAAGUCUAAAGUUCCUAACCUGUGGGAAGAGAACCUAUGAGAGUCAUGACGAGAAAGCAGGGGCCAAUGACACUCAGUGCUGUGACUGUGUUUGGUUAAUUGUGCUUCAAGGUACAUACUUAGAGAAAGGAGUGUGGAGUUUAUAUGCAACAGUUUGAGGCUGAAUAUCUGAUCUCUCAUUCAUUGGACUUAUGCAUAUAAACUGGGGACAAAAAAAUCUUAAAAGAAAUCUUCCUAAUGCCAUCAGAAUGAAAACCCACCCAUUGUGUUCAUCAUCAAUUCCUAUCAGCAUAAUUGGUCCCCAUUCCUGUAUUCAAGAGCUGGAGAGAGCUGGAGGAAGGAAGGGGUAGUGAAUAUUGAUUUUCCUUUCCUCCAUAGAGUAGCCAUAGUGAAGGAAGUCACCACAUGUAGACUUGAUGUCACAUGAUAACUUAUACUUUGAUAAAUACAAAAGAAAUGGGGGCAGGCGAGGAAAUGAAACUACCUACCUAUCUUGAUUUCUACCGCCCAAUCCAUGAAAAUGACCAGAGUUUCCUGAGACUCCAUGUGUCCCACCCCACAGCACACUCAAACGUACUUGUCACUAUAUGAAUGGAAGUGUACUCUUAUUGACAGAUUGACCCCAGGGAACUUUCUGGGGUUAACAUAUCUUAAGAGUCAUGUGAAGACCAUUGUCUGAAACCACAGUCUGUAGAUUCUUCCUUCUAGAGACAUUCCAUGCAGGUCCUGGUGGUUAGCAUUUCAGUCAGAGUUAACGUGCUACCCUCGCCCUGUAAGCAGCCAGUCCCAGCUGCAGGAUUAGGAAACACUGGCCUGUUGGGAUGGUGUCCUGUUCGUUACUACUGUGAAGCUGUAAGACUGUUGCUAGGCUGUGCGCACCAUGUAUACAUCUUAUUAAAAAGAAGAAUAUUGCACUUAGUAACUACUGCCCUGGAGCAUCCACCAUACUCCCCCCGCCCCACAUUUAUACAUUGCCUAGUUGAAAGUUAUUAGAUUGCUCAUUUUCCUAACUUACCUCAAACUGAACUCAUCAAAGGGACAACUUAAGGGUAUGUGCAUAGACUUAUUAAAAAAUGAUUAGAUAAAAAAGCUUCAUUGACAUUCAAGUAUAAAGAACCUUUUGCAUAGAAAUUCAUGGAAUCUGCUGCAAGGUGACAGUCAUGUACAAGGUAUAAUUAGAAUUCGCUGAGUGUGUGAAAGAGUAUUUGGAUGUUCUGUGGAUGGCAUAUCCUGUACACUAUUCUGAGGUCAAAGGUUUGAUAUUUUUGUACAGUUCUAUCUUAUCUUAUGCAUCAGCUGUGUAAUUUACGUCAAGGUAAAUGAGCAUCCUGUUUUAUAUCUUAAAUAAAAAAUGACUCAAAGAAGAA